AUGUCGCGCGGUGGAACCACCCUCUACGUGACUGGCUUCAGCCACGGCACGCGCGCCCGAGACCUCGCCUACGAAUUCGAACGAUUUGCCUUCGUCGAGUAUGAGGACCGUCGCGACGCUGACGAUGCUUACCAUGAGAUGCACAACAAGCGCAUCGGCCGCGACGACAUCCUGAAGAUCGAGUGGGCUCGCACUCCUCCUUCCGCCUCCUGGCGCUUCGACUCUGGCCGGGACCGCGAGCGUGCCCCCCGCCGCUCUUCUCCCCGCCGGGGCCGCUCUCCCUCUCCCCGUCGCAGCACCCGCGACUACUCCCCCAGAAAGGACGAUCGUCGUGACCGCGACCGUGACUACGACCGCGAACGCCGCGACACUCGUGACCGCUCUCGCAGUCCUGACCGCCGUGACCGGGAUGCCAAGGACGAUCGUGAUGAGCGCGACCACCGUGAGAACGGUACCAACGGCGACGACCGAAAGGCCAUUGACAGCCCUCCCCCUGCUCACGACGACCUGGAUGUCGCUGCGGAGUGA